AUGCUCUCUAUCAAAGCCCUUGCGCAUGAGCUCAACAAUACUCGCACGGUAGCCUCACUUCCACCUGAGAAAAUGAACCAAAUGAAGGAGCUUGUUCGAUCGAAUCCGAGUGAAGCAAAGCAAAUGCUCGUACAGAAUCCACAGCUUGCUUACGCCCUCCUCCAGGCCCAAGUUGUCAUGCGCAUCGUCGAUCCACAAUGCCUUUCCAUCAAGUUGCGUUUCCUGCUCAACCUAUGCCCCCCUUUGCCAGCCGUUUCGCAACCUGGCUAUGCUGUUCCACCUCAACAAAUGUACUACGCCCGUCCUGGACCACCACAGCCACCACCGCAACCAGAAAUCACCCCAGAUGAACAACAUAAUGCGGAAUUGUUGGUGCAAGUCAUGAGACUCACAGAAGCAGAAAUCGCCAUGCUACCACCGGGUGACAGAGAGAAAGUGAUCGAGUUGCGUAAUCAGCUGCGGCAGAGAUGCGUUAUCAUCGACAUCACCGAUGUGCAACAUUUGCGUCAACCCGCUACAAGCGAUCAGAGCUUGGGCGCUUCUUUCACUAACUGCCGUAGGAAAAACAUCAAAAGCGGCAAGGAAAUUCUUACGUUCUGGCAA